AAACAUGUGACCUACCACCGAGAGGAGCUGUCGCGCCUUGCAGACCCAUGGUGCCAUGUGGCAUCGUCCGAACUCAUGGUUGAACGGUUUUGUAGCUGGGCCCAUCAGAACAUCGGGCGGAGCUUUGGCGGCACUGGUAAUUCGGCAUCGAGCGGUGGUAACGUAGCAACCACACGGCAAGAUGGUGGAGGGAGUGACGACAUUGUGAGCGGAGUAGUAGGGAUGCAGCUCGCGAGACUCAGUCAAAGAGUACAGCGACGGCUGCAAGGAAUGCGCGUGCAUGCAGGCGAGGCAGCUAUAGAAUUUCAAAGCCUUUUGCAGUACAUGGAGACGGAAGAUCAGGACUCUGAGGUUGCUGCGGCUCCCUCGGCCUUCAAGAGAAUGCGCAGAAUGUUGAUGCUCGGAAACGACAGGAGUAUGCACACGAAGGGUGCCUUUGCAGAGACGGACUCCCUUUCUCGAUCACUUAGUCUAUCCCUUUCGAAUGGCCGGAAGGACCUCGCCGCCCUUUCAUGGCAAGCGCCAAUGGUGGAAGCCGAGUUGGUUUUCACCGACACCACGCUUCUGGACGACCAUGAGUACACCGCUUACCAGCAAGAGUGUGUCGAUACGACGAAUUUGUUAGACACUACCGUGCACGCUGCUGGCGAUGAUGACGAAAACAGUCGUGACGCGAGCGCAUCA